AUGCCAGAACGAGCUGUAUUCCUGGCGGAUAGUCGUCUCCGGCGCGCCUUGUACGCGCUCCCAUUCCUUGCCAUAACGGCUUUCAUGACACGAGCAUUCGGAAUGGCUGAACCCAUCGGUCCUGUCAUUGAAGAAAUGGUAAAAACCUCUGUUUUUACUGGUUCAGGUGUCAAUAUUCCCAUCAUAAAAGGCUUCUAUGGCAUACCAGUUUUGGAUGACAUUUUUAAUGUCGUUACUGUGGCAUUUGCCAACCUUCAGUUCUAUUUCGAUGAGAAAGCAUAUUGGCAAUCGCUAGUGUUUCUAACCGAUUUCGCGGGCAUGUAUGCUGUCGUCCAGCUUGAGGCUUAUAGACCGGGAAAUACUUUUAUUAUUUCCAAAUACCCCGUUGUCUUUUUAUUCGUUUCUCAGAUGAUCGCCAUUGGAUGCACUGCGCCUAUCUUCUUUCUCCUGGCUUAUGUUUUUACACCUGCAUAUAAGCUCACUACGCCAAGUCUGGGCCGUCUCAGCACUGGACCGUGCAAGGCUAUUUCUGUAGCGAUCAUACUGGGAUAUUACGUUCCUCACUUCCCAUCUUACUUCAAUGCUUCCCUCGAACGAAGAAAUUGGUGGAAUUGGAUCUGGCAACUGUUCCCUAUCUGGUGCUGCAGUAUCGUGUUUGUUUUAUCCAAGGUCUUUGCUCGUGUGAACAAGUCCAAUGGGAAACUCAAUCCUGAGCGUGACGCGCUUCGAAUCCUGAUGGGAGGCUGCAGCUUCAUAAGUAUGGGAGCAUGGUGGUAUACUGUCGCGUCUAUGAAGGACUCCAUCUUUGAGGUGUUUGUCCCACAGUAUCUGAUUACUUACCCCGAAGAGCCCAGUGAUGGGUUGAGGACGGUGAUCCAGUUCGAUUACAUUUGCUGUUACGCAGCAGGCUACAUGUGGUUGGCCUAUCACUUUCGAGAUCUCGAAAAAGUGGGAGUUUGCAGUAUUUCUUGGGUCCGAGCCAUCAGUGUUACUGUUGUGCUGGGGUUUUUGGUUGGGCCGGGUACAUUGUUUCCCAUUCUGUGGCUGUUGAGAGAGGAGUUGCUGAUGGCGGCGAAUGGAGAGGUCAAGGAAGCUCGUGAUUGA